CAGACCGAUUGGUUUUGGCUCGAUAAAUUUUAAUACGAAUUCAUCGACUCCGUGAAAUUAGUGUCUAAUAUUCAGUGAUUUACGGCUUUCGCAAUGAGUCCUUCGGGGAAGACCAUUUCAGCCGCUGAUUGACGAGUUUCUCUGGGACAAUUGGAUGUUCCGGCUGGUUGACGAGCUGAUGACUCUGGAGAAAGGUUGCAUCACUAUAAAGGAAAAAAACUGAAGAAUAGUCAUCGAGCCGUCAGAUGCGUUCGUCAAAGCAAUGGAUUUCGCUGCAACUUGGUACUGUCUCCUCCCUGCACACCUGUGCAAUCGCGUUAUGCCCAAUCAAAGAAGAGGUGUAGUGAGUAGGCAGAUAUCCUGCAUGCUACAUCGUAGAUACCACAUUACUUCACACUGCUCGCUGUUCACGCGUUGCUAUUCCUCUAUUGGCUCUACCUUGUUACGUUACACUGCGUUACGGUGUACCUCUGGAGUCAGUAGACAUCGCGCCAUCAGUCGAACAACACCAUCUCAAGACGUCAUUCAACGAUUUUUAAGAAAUCGUCAGUCCCGCGAUUAGUCGGGGUCGAAUGAGCAUCUGUGAAUAGUGGAUACUCAAAUGGAAUUUUACAUCGGUACACACUAAGGAGGUGUCGAUUUUAUCUGUUUGUUUGCUUGACUUCCUGCGAUCUCUGAAUUCUCCAUUGGCUUUCGACGAUGGUUUAUCGCGGCUACUUGCAGACUGAUGAUCCCCGAGAUGCGCCAAAAUUAGUGCGGAUUUCACCGCUCCGUGCGAGCGGUCGAGGGGAGGUCCCUUCAAAGGGUUGGCGAUCACCUCCGACUCAUCAAGCCCCGAAUAAACUGUCGCUGGCUCCACCAAAGCUCCGCAACAUCAGUGAGAUUCGUUCGAGUGUCGUCACAAGACCGCUUGGCGCAAGCCUGGCCGGUAAAAAAAUCGAUCAACCGCAGAAAAUCGAGAAGAAAGUGAUAUCGAGCUACAGGCCCCCGAUGAACUCGAUGCUGGCAAAUCUCCGGGAUCUCGAGCGCCUCCGGAGCAAACCCUCCGAAAAGUCGCACUACGAGAGUAUUAAAUAUCACGAUGAGAGGGCAACGAGUGCAUUAUCACCGCGACUUUUACAAACAAGUGGUUACGAAACUAAGAAAUUGAGACCUUUGGAGCCCGUGGGACUGCAAACGCCUCCUAGAAGACACAGGCUGAGUCAACUCGGUCGUAUUACACCUCCGAGGGCGUUUGAUGAUGACAAAAGAGGUGGGGAUCUUCUUUCUCCUAAACCCGAUAUUCUUGAAGGCCUUCUUCAGGAGUCUGACCGACAAUUGAAACAAUUGCGAGAUGAUUUUGACGGGGGAUUGGCCAAGUAUUGUGACAGCGAGUCGGAAACCGAGUCCACGGAUAAUCGGAAAGAUCUCAAUCUCUGGAAUAAAAGCAUCAGCCAGCGAUGGAGGAAAUUACGGAGGCGGUACUCGGUACAGGAGAUUUCCGAGCCUCAGGAAGAUCCUCUGAUACAGGAGGGCCGUCAGCGUACCGUUAUUCAUGGUGUACGAUCUACUCCAACGAGUAGAGAAGCAUCACCAGCACCCAAGUCCCGUGACAGAAGUUCAACAAAAAAGUUGCUUCAAACGUCGUCCUUAAGAUUACCAGGUACUAGCCGAGGUAUCGCCGACAUUCAGAACGUCCUCCGAAACAAAUUCAGCAAGUUGAACGCAGGAAUCCGAAAGCGAAAAGCCUUAAGCGUGACAGAAGUAUUCCCCCCGAAGGAUGGGGUGUCGAAUUUUUACGUGCCGAGCCCCCUGUCACCGGCUGCACCUGAGAGGGUAGACCCCCCCGCAGAGAGCCCCCUUUCACUCUCCCUGACGACACCCCCCACAUACACUACCGAGGAGAUCUACGAGAACACAAACUUCCGAGAACCUCUGAGAAGAUGCAAUUCGGAGCACCGAGACCACUCAUACGAGAAUGUGAGAUUCAAGACGUCCAGGUCUGUUGUCGAUUCUGACAGCGAAGCAUCACCCAAGCCUCCCCAGGAGAGCCACUAUGAGAACGUCAGAUUCAGGAGUAAAUCUGGAUCUCGUAGGUCUUCUCGAAAGGACUCUGAGGAGGAGAUUCACAUACCCCGAGUGAGCCCCAGGCGGCGGGACUUUGUUCUUGGGGGAAAAGUUACAAAUUAUGCCGAGAGUUCGAGACGCUCCAGCCACGACAGGACCGACGGUACCUCUUCCCUGGGUGCAGAUGCUGGCAGUGGGAAUAAGUCUUCCUUGAGGUUCAGCAGUCGAAGUUUUGCCAAUAUUUCGGGGAGAGGUGGAAAGGGCCAGCCGGAGCUACAGGCGUGGCAGGGGACCCCCGAGGCAGAUGAGGGCCUCAACACAGACUCUGAACUGGAGGACAUCCAGGAGACAGUGGAAGGGGAGGAGUCUCAGUUCUGCACGCUACCUCGUCCAGGAAAGGGGAACGCCUCGUUUACAAUAUUGACAACGAGAUUCUUCAAGGGGCCCGGGUAUAAGGGCUUGGGCUUCAGCAUCGUCGGGGGCACAGAUAGCCCUAAAGGAAAUAUGGGAAUUUACGUUAAAACUGUAUUUCCAAAUGGCCAGGCGGCCGAUCUGGGGACUCUCAAAGAGGGCGAUGAAAUAUUAUCCAUCAACUCUAAGCCUCUUCAUGGUAUGACGCACGCUCAAGCCAUCGCCGAGUUCAAGGUCAUCAAGAGUGGAGAUGUGGUGCUACAUGUUGGCAGGCGUGUGCCGAAACGGAAGAAGGAGAGUGUGGGUAAGAGCUGUCGCAAGUCCUGAUGAGUUGGGAUGGCCGAAAUACCUGUCGCAAGUCCUGAUGAGCCUGGGAGACUUUUUCAUUCCUGAAUGCAUUACUCUAGAGUAGAUUGUGGUAGAUUUAACGUGAUCCAAAUAACUGAACGAUUAUUAAUCUCUAGCCACCUUUCCAAAGAUGAAAAUCAAAAUAACAGAUCGAUAUUUUUAAUAUGAGAUGAUUAUUGGGGGUAUAUUGUCCACGAUUUUCAAGGGGAAUUUAUUUGUAGUCUCUAGUCGAAUUGUUGAUGCGAAAUUUUUUUACCGGAGCAUAACGAACAAUUUUUUUAUCUCCAGGGUGGAUUCAAUGCUGCAUUGAUCACCUUGGCGCAAUAUUUUAUAUAAUGCGAAUUUACACAGAUGCGUUUAGUUUCGAACAGGGGUGCCAGGAUUUUUUAAAUGGCUGUUGGGGUGAGUGGAGGGUUCUGUGCAAGGGGUAAUCAGCCUUUUUUUCUUUUCAUAUUAAUGAGACCUGAGAAUUCUUCAUUGAUAAUUUAAAUAAAAAUUUUAGAUUCAAUUUGAAGGAAAAUAUUUCAUAAUUAAUUUGAUUGUUAUGAUCAUAAUUAAUAUUAAUUCAAUAAGAAUGUUUACGCGUAAUGAUCAUCUGUUCAGCGAAUUGUUUUUUUUUUUUCAUUCUAUAAAAUUAUAAUUAAAAUGUUGAUAAUAAGAGUGGCUUCUUGAAAUUUCCCUGUUUUUGAAAAUAUGAAAAAUAAUAUUUAUAUCUUAGAAUUGGCUAGAGUGAUUGCCCCUCCAAAUCCUUCACCGCAUAUACAAAGCAAAAGGCAUAUAAUUAUUGCUUUAAUUCUGAAAAAUAUGUCUUCCAGAACAAUUGAACAAAAAAAGUGUUUAUUAACGAUUCCUAAAGUUAACCGAGUACUUUCUUUCUCCCAUACCAUAAAAAAGAGAAAUGUGAAAAAAAAUCCACCAAGUCUCGAGUUGAAAAUAUAUCACGAUACCAUUAUGUUGAAUAAAUACAGACGUAUCUAUACCAUUUUAUAUUAUAAUUAUUAAUAUUAAAAUUCAUUACAUUAAAACAUACCAAUGUCUAAUGAUAUAAGCGUACGAUUUUGCCUAGGAGCAAUUUUUCUACGUGAAGAAUGUUUUUUUUUUAUUUCUUUAUAAAUAAAAUUUAUGUAACACUUGUAUAUAAUCGCAAGCAUAGCAGUGAAAGAGCAAAAAUCACUUGGAUCCUCGAGUCUUCUUCGUCGAUGUGAAUUUUUUCGUGCUUUAUCAUUACAAAAAAUGCCUUCGAGGGGAGAAAAUUGUUGUGAAAAUGGUAAAGAGUGAUUUUGUUAAAUAGUUGAAUAGAGGAAAUAUAAAUAAAAAUAAUAAUUGAUUAGAUUUCA